CUCGAAUCCCAGCAGCCACAUCAUUUUUUCCUCUUAAUUUUUGUAAACGACGUCGUAACCUCGUUCAUUUAUAUAACCGGAGUCUCUUCUUUUUCUUGGUUGCGAUCUGUUUCGUUAACACUGUUGAGGGAAGAAGUGUCUGCCUCUACGCUCUCGAAGAUGUUUGACGACCAAGACCUUGGAUUCUUUGCUAACUUUCUUGGGAUUUUCAUCUUCAUAUUGGUCAUUGCUUACCAUUUCGUUGUGGCCGACCCUAAAUUCGAAUGACAGAACAGUUUUAUUAUUAUGGAUGUGUCGGAAUCAAACAUGUCUUUAGCAUUCCAUAGGCUCGCCAAUAAUGUACUUUUUUUGACAAUGUGGUUUUUAUGAAUAGAUAAAGAAAGACUUGUUUUUUUUUGUU